AUGGGUCGUGUCUACCGACAUGUGCUUUCUACGAGCUUGAUCCUUGCUGUCGUGGGCGCACUGCCAGCUCCCGUGCCUCAGUUUGGAAGCAUCGGCAGUAUUUUACAGCCAGGCACUAAUGUACUUCCAGCUGCUCUCCCUGCUGCACUUCCAGCCGCUCUCCUUCCUGCUCUCCCUGAAGCGUUUCCGGCCGAUCUCCUUCCUGCUCUCCCUGAAGCAUUUCCGGCCGAUCUGACUCCUGCUCUCCCUGAAGCAUUCCCGGCUGAUCUCACCCCUGCUCUCCCUGAAGCAUUUCCGGCCGAUCUCCUUACUGACCAACCGGUCGCUGCACUUCCCAACGCCAACACUGGACUCCUCGGCGGCCUUGUUGGUGGUAUUCUUAAACCCGCGGAUGGUCUUCUAACGUCGGCUGGUGAUGUUAUCGGUACUGGCGUGGCCGAUCUUACAGGCGGACUUGGAGGGCUCAUUUCUGAUGCCGGCGAAACUCUCGGCGAUGCAUCAGGACUUCUCGGCGAUACUACAGAUGCAGGAGCGUCUGGGUUGGGCAGUGCUGUUGGCGGACUUGCCGGCGAUCUAGGAGAUGCCGCAGGAGCUGCCCUAGGAGCUGUGGGCAAUGCUGUGGACACUGCUGGGGCUGGAAUCGGCAGCCUCAUUGAUGAUGUAGGCGCCACAGCUAAUGACAUCGCGUUUGGAGAUGGCGUACCUUCCGCAAGUCUGCCUGGUGCUUCAUCUCCAGACCUUCUGGACCUCCUUCCUGGUGAUGGAGGACUCCUUGGUCCUAACGGCAUAGUACCCAAUCAGAUUGGCGACGUCACUGAUAUUAUCCCUGAUAUUACUUCUGGCAACCUUGGCGGCAUCAUCCCGGAUGUGCUUGGGGGGAUUCCCGGCACUGGUGGCGAUGUCACCGAUAUUCUCCCAGACGUCGCAUCUGGCAACGUUGGUGAUAUUGUUCCAGACCUUCUUGGUGGACUUCCAAAUGGUGGGGUACCCAACACUGGCGGACUUCCUGACCCCAGCACUAUCAUCCCAGGUGUUACUAGCGACCUCAGCAACGUUGUGCCCGAUAUCACUUCAGGAACCCUUGGCAACGUUAUCCCAGAUGUUCUUGGUGGCUUACCUAACACAGGCGGCGACCUUACUGAUGUACUCCCUGAUCUUGUUUCAGGGAACCUCGGUGAUGUCGUCCCAGACGUUCUGGGUGGGCUACCCAGCGGAAGCGGCCUCCCUGAUCUCACAGGCGGCGACCUUACUGAUGUACUCCCUGAUCUUGUUUCAGGGAACCUUGGUGAUGUCGUCCCAGACGUUCUGGGUGGACUACCCAGCGGAAGCGGCCUCCCUGAUCUUGGCCUUGGUGGUCUCCCUGAUACUGGUCUCCCUGAUGCUGGUCUCCCUGAUGCUGGCCUUCCUGAUCUCGGCCUCGGUGGACUCCCUGAUGCUGGUCUUCCUGAUCUUGGCCUCGGUGGACUCCCUGAUGCUGGCCUUCCUGAUGCUGGCCUUCCUGAUGCUGGCCUUCCUGAUGCUGGCCUCCCUGAUGCUGGUCUUCCUGAUCUCGGCCUCGGUGGACUUCCUGAUGCUGGCCUUCCUGAUGCUGGCCUCCCUGAUGCUGGCCUUCCUGAUCUCGGCCUCGGUGGACUCCCUGAUACUGGUCUUCCUGAUCUUGGCCUAGGUGGACUCCCUGAUGCUGGCCUUCCUGAUGCUAGCCUUCCUGAUGCUGGCCUUCCUGAUCUCGGCCUUGGUGGACUCCCUGAUGCUGGCCUCCCUGAUGCUGGCCUCCCUGAUGCUGGUCUCCCUGAUGCUGGCCUUCCUGAUCUCGGCCUCGGUGGACUCCCUGAUGCUGGCCUUCCUGAUCUCGGCCUUGGUGGUCUCCCUGAUCUCGGUCUUGGUGGGCUUUCGGAUCUUACCAACAUCGCCCCCAGUGAUACUGGCAACGUCGGCGAUAUCAUACCUGAUCUUACUUCAGGGAACGUUGGCGGUGUGAUUCCAGAUAUUCUCGGUGGUCUCCCAAACACAGGAGGCGAUAUUACUGAUGUGAUCCCGGAUAUCAUCUCUGGCAAUAUCGGCGAUGUUAUUCCAGAUGUUCUUGGAGGGUUGCCGAAUACUGGCGGACUUCCUAACGCUGGUGAUCUCCCAAGCCUUCCCACAACUCCCAAUACUCCGACAGCCCCUAGCGUUGGCGGCAUCCCGGUUCUUCCGGGUGUCGAUCUAGGCGCUGGUGGAGUCAUUGGUGGUGGGAUUAGCACACCCAUCGGCGAUGCUAAUCUUGGCACUGGCGCUGGAGGGGUGGUCACGAUACCACCCGUCACCAUUCCUGUUCUGCCAGGGGUUGGAGGAACUGAUCUGCCAACACCCGAACUUCCUACAACCGAUCUGCCUAUCCCGGAUCUGCCUGCACCAGAACUGUCUAUCCCAGAACUGCCUAUUCCUGAUCUGCCUAUUCCUGAUCUUCCUAUCCCAGAUCUGCCAACACCAGAACUGCCUACAACCGCUCUGCCCAUCCCAGAUCUAUCUACGCCUGAUCUGCCUACGCCUGAUCUGCCUACACCUAAUCAGCCUGGCGAUGUUUCUGGACAACCAACCUUGCCCAACAUACCUGUCACGCCAGACACACCCACUCUUCCGGGCACACCUGGUGUACCGACCAUCGAUCCCCUUACGCAACUCCCUCUGGACUUGAUUACUGGUCUCCCCGAGGAUCCAAUCACUCAUGUCUUCUAUGAUGCAUCUAGUGGGCUUCCGCUAGCCACAGAUCCCAUCAGCGGAUUUCCAAUUGACCCUAUUCGAGGCGCGCCUAUCAAUCCCGCCAAUGGUCUGCCAGUCAUUUCUCCUUCUACAACGCCAGCGAUCGACCCAAAUAGUGGAUUUCCAAUUGAUCCCAUCACAAAUCUGCCGCAAGAUCCCAUCAGCGGUAUCUUCUACAACAGACUUUCAGGACUACCUCUGCUCGCAGACCCGUUGACUAAUUUUCCUAUCAAUCCCACUUCAGGGCUUCCGAUCAGCACUAUAAGCGGCCUCCCUGAUAUACUCCACGGCGCGCCUGUUGCUCAACUGCCCACAGUAUCCGCCACGACACCCGUACCGGGUCAAAGCCAACUGCCGGAUGGAUUCAUCUUUCAACCCUCAAGCGGCUUCAUCUUAGAUACAUUGAACGGCCUUUACUACGACGGACUAACGGGCGCUCCACUUCAGAUCGAUGCGUCACUUGGGCUUCCAAUCGAUCCUCUCAGUGGGUUCCCUCGCGACCCGGUAAGCGGAAUCUCUUACGACGCCAGUGGCUUUCCGAUAGAUCCCACCUCGGGCCUAGCAACAACACCCCAGGUGAGUCUUCUCAUUUUGUUAGCACCAUGCUCUGUCUCGAAUGCUCUAUGCUCUCAAGGUAUCUAUCACGUGAUAUCCCUCACCGCGGUCGCAGCUCGUGUUCUCCCGUCCGUGAGUAGUCGCUUUUUCCAAAGGACGAGAUUUUCUAGCCGAAAGCGGGGCUCAUGUUCUAUCGAUUUGGUUGUUCUCUUCCAUCCAACGCAAACUAUUCCCUCAGGUACAUACAACCACUGCAUUUUGUUAGCUAAUGUCAAAAUGGGGCGUUGA